AUGAGAUUAUCUAAAGCUGUUGCUAUUUCUAUUUUGACAUCCCUUAUUGGUGUUCAAGGUUUACUUAUUCCAUCCGUUGGUGAUAUUAUUGAUGUAUUUGGUGAUUCUGUCCAAAAACAAAUUAAUAACAAAUUAGAACCUUUGAAAGAAGCUGCUCAUAAUGCUGCUGAACAUUUAGGUAUGACUUUACAAGAAAAAUUGGCUCCAAUUGUUAAUUCCGAAUCUACCAGAGAUAUUAUUCCUCAUAAAUAUAUCAUUGUUUUCAAAGAAGGGGUUGCCGCUAAUGAAAUAUCAUUCCAUCAAGAAUGGGUUGCUUUAACUCAUACAAACUCUUUAGUUGGUUUAGAUGAACAACAUCCAUUUUUCGCUUCUACUAAAGAUAUUAAACCUGAAGGUGGUAUUACUGAUAGUUUUGAUAUCGGUAGCUUGUUGAGUGGUUAUACUGGUUACUUUUUGGAUGAAACUAUUGAUUUAAUCAGAAAAAACCCUCUCGUUGCUUUUGUUGAAAAAGAUUCAUUGGUUUAUGCUAAUGAAUUUGAUAUCGAAAAAGGUGCUCCAUGGGGGUUAGCAAGAGUUUCUCAUAGACAACCAUUGAGUUUAUCUUCAUUUGAUCAAUAUUUAUACGACAGUGAAGCUGGUGCUGGUGUUACUGCUUAUGUUAUUGAUACUGGGGUUAAUGUUAAUCAUGUUGAAUUUUCUGGUAGAGCCAAAUGGGGUAAAACUAUCCCACAAGGUGAUUCUGAUAUUGAUGGUAAUGGUCAUGGUACUCAUUGUGCCGGUACAAUUGGGUCCGAUGAUUAUGGUGUUGCCAAAAAAGCAGAAAUUGUUGCUGUCAAAGUUUUAAGAUCUAAUGGUUCUGGUACCAUGUCCGAUGUUGUUAAAGGUGUAGAAUAUGCUGCCAAAUCUCAUCAAGAAGCUGUCAAAGCCGGUAAAAAGGGAUUCAAAGGCUCUACUGCCAACAUGUCUUUAGGUGGUGGUAAAUCACCAGCUUUGGAUUUGGCAGUUAAUGCUGCUGUCAAAGCUGGUUUGCAUUUUGCCGUUGCAGCUGGUAACGAAAACCAAGAUGCUUGUAACACAUCUCCAGCUAGUGCAGAAUAUGCCAUUACUGUUGGUGCAUCAACCAUUUCUGAUGCCAGAGCUUAUUUCUCCAACUAUGGUAAAUGUGUUGACAUUUUCGCUCCAGGUUUGAACAUCUUGUCCACUUAUAUUGGUUCAGAUACUGCUACUGCUUACUUGUCUGGUACUUCUAUGGCCUCACCACAUAUUUGUGGUUUAUUAUCAUACUUUGUUUCUUUACAACCAGGAGCUGAUUCUGAAUUCUUUGUCGCUGCUGAUGGAAUUUCUCCAUCUCAAUUGAAAAAGAAUUUGAUUGCUUAUGGUACUUCAGAUGUAUUGAGUGAUAUUCCUGAAGAUACUCCAAAUAUUUUGGCAUUCAAUGGUGCUGGUCACAAUUUGACUAAGUUCUGGGGUAACAACUAG